AUCUGAUAGGGAGAGAGAGUUAGACGGAGAAAAUGAGCGGCAAGAUCAUCGUCGGAGAUGGUAGGAGUGUUGGUAUUAGGAACGGGAUUUCUGAUAUUCCGUCAGGGUCGAAGAAGAUGGUUCAAAGUUUGAAAGAAAUUGUAAACUGCCCUGAGGCAGAGAUCUAUGCCGUGCUCAAGGACUGUAACAUGGAUCCUAAUGAAGCCGUCAGUCGCCUCCUCUCCCAAGAUCCUUUUCACGAGGUGAAGAGCAAAAAAGAUAAGAAGAAAGAGAUUAGGGAUAUACCGGAUUCCCACCGACGAGGCUAUAGUAACAAUUACAACCGUGGGAUUAGAGGUGUUUCUGAUCGUUAUGCUGGACGAAAUGGAGCCACCCCUUUCAGCUCUAGUGACUCAGGAAGCUUCCAAGGAAAAACUACUAACAAGAGGGAGAGCGGGAUGCAGACUCAUGCAGGUUCUUAUUCUUCUACGUCUGGCGUAUCGAGCCACCAUCAGAUACCACACAGUGAUUCUGUUGCUAAAGAAAGUAAAACGCCAAUUGUUACCUCGGGUGGUGAAAUAUCAUCAUCACAUUCUGUUACUGGACAUCAAACUGCAUGGUUUGGAGCUUCAGGUCAGCUGUCUAUGGCUGACAUUGUGAAGAUGGGUAGACCUCAUAACAAGACAACAAACUCUCAGAAAAAAGUCGAUAUGCGUUCUGAGGUAAAUCACGAGCAUGAAAAUGCUGCAAAUCAACAUGUACCUGUGAAAGAUGAAUGGCCCUCGAUUGAGAAGCCACUGGCUGCUAGCACUUCUUCUGUGUCAGUAGCACCAACUGAGUCAGAGAUAUGCAAUAGUCCAGCAGAUUUCCAAUCCAGUAGAAGAGAUCAACAUCCGAAGGGCCAGUUGGAAGACUCACAUUUAAAAGAAAAUGGUCCCUUUGGGAAUCUUGGAAGAGAUCAUGUGCAGCCUGACACUGUAGCUGGUGGAGCUGUUCAGGAAGAUGACUCUGGAGUGUCAUCUGAGUAUGAUGAUAAUCCUUACAGAUACCAAACACAGAAAAUCCCUGUUGAGCACCCGAAAGAUGAAGACGAAGUUUUGUCUGUUGCUGCCAACCUUCAAGACUUGAGCAUAGAGAACCAUGAUCAAUACUCCUCUCAUGAUGAUGAUAGACCUGCUGUCGUGAUUCCAGAUCAUCUGCAAAUUCAUACAGAAGAGUGCUCACAGUUAAGCUUUGGAAGUUUUGGAGGCUUUGGAUCAAGGCCUUUGAGCAACAGCUUAGAAGAGGCUUCUGAUGUAGCUCCACAGAUUGAACGUACUGAUGCUAGAAAUUCGGAGUUCUAUGGAGAUGAACAUCUAGGAAGCAUGUCCAAUGGGCAUAUGGUCCAUGCGUCUACUGCUGACAAUUAUGAUGAUUCUUCAGAAUCUCAGCGAGAGGUUUUGUUGCCAGAAAACCCUGAAACCGCUCAUCAGGAGAACCAUUACUCGUUUGCUCAGUCGGAUCCAGAUUAUGCAUAUGAAAAUACCAAGCAGCAGCUGGAUAAUGCAUUUGAUGCCUCACAGACAAGCAUGACUAAACAGAUGCAGCAUCUUGCUUCAUUAACAAAUGUGAUGCAAGGGUAUACAAACUCAAUUCCAAACACUCUAUUGGCACAGACAGCACAGAGUGCAAGGGAGCUUGAACUUCAGUAUUCCUCUUUCCCAGGCGUACAGUCUAUGCCGUCAAGAAGCAACGAUACCACACUAGGUGGCCAAAGCAUUUCCAUGCCAGAGGCACUCAGAGGUGGGGGUGGUGUUGCAACAACCCAGUCAAGCCAGCAGAACUUACCCGGUGCCAAUAUUGCAACUGGACCAGCAAUUCCUCAGCAGAUUGCAAUGCAUCCAUACUCUCAACCCACAUUGCCUCUGACUCACUAUCCCAACAUGAUCAGUUAUCCUUUGAUGCCUCAGAGCUACCCGUACAUUCCAUCGACUUUCCAGCAAGCAUUUGCUGGUAACAACUCAUACCACCAGUCACUUGCUGCUCUGCUUCCACAUUAUAAAAACAACACUUCCGCCAGUAAUUUGCCUCAGUCAGCAACUUCCCCUGCUUCCUCCUCUGCCUAUGGGGUUGGGAACUCGAGCAAUGUUGAAGCCGGAAACUUCCUUCUUAACCAACAUGUCGCUCCUACUGGGGCAACACUUAGUUAUGAAGACGCCCUGAGUCUACAAUACAAACAGAACAAUUAUCUAUUGUAUCUUCAGCAGCAGCAGCAUCAACAACAGCAGCAACAACAGCAACAACAACAACAACAACAACAACAACAACAGCAGCAGCAACAACAACAACAACAGAAUGAAAACUUUCCUAUGUGGCUAAAUGGACCUGGCUCUCAAACCAUGUCGGGUGUCCCGAGCAACACAUAUUACAACCUUGAAGCACAACAACAAAGUCAGCAGGUUCGCCAAGCUCAGCAACAGGCGCAACAGCAGUAUGGAUACCCAAACUACUAUCAGUCACAAACCGGAAUGUCAAUGGAGCACCAGCAGCAAAACCCAAGGGAUAGUGGCUCGCAAGGUCAGCCCUCAAAGCAAACCCAGCAGCAGCAGCAGCUCUGGCAAAACUCUUACUAGCGAUCUAAUGUAAUAUAAUGUAAAACAUAUG